UCAGAAUGGAAAGAAGAAAAAAGUGCCUCUAAGAUCCACAUGAUUCCCUGCGUAUUCAUGAGCAAGAGGACAAAAGAUUCCCGCAAUGGUAAGGAAGCUGAACGCGCGCUCUACAAUGUGUUAGAAAGAAUAAACACUGAUCAUAAAAGUCAGAUUACGUACUAUUCUGGGAAAACGUUUGGUUUUGUUUUCCAUAAUCUAACCUUCGACGACGAGGAAAUAGAUUUUGUCUUUUUAACAACUUAUGGCUUAUUGAUUAUGGAAUGCAAGGGUUUAAUCAACCGCAUACUUGUACAGCCGAGAUACGAAGAAGCGUGCAAUCAAUUGAACCAACAAACAACAAAACUACUUGACAGUCUUCGCUUAUCUAGUGAUAUCCCCAUCCUGAAGGUAGUUGCUUUUCCACUGUUAAACAGGUGUGAUGUAGAGCCUGUGAAUGAAACCCGCGUUCUCUUUAAGGAAGAUCUGAAUGAUCUUAACAACUUUUUGAGACGGUCAGGCUUUCUCGUACGAAAAAAUGCCAUGAGGUUUGAAAAAUAUGUUCAGAUCGCGAAAAAAUUUCUCGUGAAGUAUCAUUCGCAUGGCAAAAAGUUUAUGAAUUGUCGCGAAUUUAAGCGAAGAGGAAUAUCGGAUUGUACAAACAGUCUACAAAGAACUUUCAAAACUAAAUUUUAUACGAAGGAACAGGCGAUGCUUUUGAAUGUUGAUCAUUGUGAAGAUGUGUGGGUUACUGGACCUGCUGGCACAGGAAAAACGCUUGUGUUAAAAGAUCUAGUCGAGAAGUUAGCAGAACGUUAUGCACAUGAAGACAGUAAGAAGAUUCUGGCAAUUACCUACAAUCGUCCAGUCAAUAAGGAUAUUGAGUAAGUGUUUCUACAUUGCUAUACGUAUAAAUAACCCCAUUUCCCCUUGUGUUUAUUCUCCUGUGUAGCCGUAAAAAAGGGUCUCGUCAUGGUGUUCCAAAUGGUGACGGGGACAUGGGUAUGCGGUAUGCGUACGAUUCGUACGCAGGCUACUCGACAAGUUCAACUGCUAUUUUGCACCAUCAUUCUUCUUUUGAAGAAACUAUUUUUCCAACUAUUUUUGCCAGCAGCGAAUAUUUUUACAUUGUCACUUCCAUCAACUUAGGUGUACUUCACCUUGCGACAAACUCUUUCAAUGCUUGUUUAAACGUAUAAUACAGCGCCCUGGUACACAGCCAGAAGUCUCACAGGCCUGUCGCAAGCUGUUGAUUUUACCGGCUUGCGGCAAGUUGUCAACAAGUCGCGACAGGUCUGUUGGUUUCGUCAGGCGGUAACAGGCUUGCGGGUACAGGUCUGUCGCAAGCUGUUGACAACAGAGCCGUAGCGACUUGUUAAAACAACCCGCUACAAACAUGUUACUAACAAGAGAUAACAGGUCUGAUAGAACAACUUGCAACAGGUCUGUUCCAACUUGUUCCAACAGACCUGUCGCGAGUUGUUUUUGUCAAGUCUGCAGCAAGCUUGUUAUCAGACCUGCGACAAACCUGUCCACAACAAACAAUUUUUGUCCUGUCAACAAGUUUCAACAAGCCUGUUGUUGGGAAACAAAUCGAAAAUGUGAGUGAAGAGAAAAAUCGCACGAAAUAGACACGUCCGGCUUCACUUUCUCAUUCAAUCAUUGUCAUUGGUGGCAAUAUUAAAUGACAUAUGAGAGACUAUAGUAUAUAUUCUCUGAUUAAAUGCAAAAGCCGCUGUUUUCUUUUUAAAAAAUAGUUCCGAUAUCCAAAAUCCAAAUUCCAUUUUACUGACGUGUGCUAUCGCUAUAUUUCUUUAAUCUGAUUGGAUAAAGGCGUGUGCACACGUCAUCAUCCUCGUUGCAAUUGGACGAAAUUAUUAAUUAGGGACUCACGUCCUGUUGUCCUUACCUUCGGUCAUUUGAUUGUAAAGUUAAAAAUAUAUAUAUAUAUAUAUUACAAACAUAUCAAUCACGUAAUCAUGUUUAGUUGUUUUUGAAUUUUGAGCCAAACAAAAUUUCAACAACUGCCUCAAACAAAAUCAAACAAGUUCAAAGCUGUUUUGAUUUUUGAAGAAACUGUGGCAAUGAGAAGACAAGAUCUAGAGCUUAAGAAAUGAAAAAUACAUGAGCAACGAGUGUUCACUGCAACGUUCUUCAUUGUUGAUAUGAAUAUGAAAUUCGUUAUAUAAUUUCUUUCCAAUUUCAAGUGAAAUCAUAGGCAGGUAGAAUGCACCAAUAAUGCUUCCAAAUGUCAAUUUGCUUUAAGCUCGCCACAUUCCUUUGUCAUUUGUCGCGCGCCGCAAGCACUCAAUUGAAAAGCAGUGUUGAUUUGUGUUGAUAUUUUGUGUUGAUAUAUAUAGAUUAUACCUAUAUAUAGAUUAUACCUAUAUAUAAUCAGUGUUGAUUAUACCUAUAUAUAAGCAGUGUUGAUUUGUGUUGAUAUAUAUAGAUUAUACCUAUAUAUAGGCAGCCCGUAUUAUACCUACUGUAGGUAUAAUCUAUAUAUAUCAACACAACAGGUGGGCAAUUUGUCUGAGCAUGCGCGAAGAAAAUCAAUAUGGCGACAUAUAUUAGGAGUGUUUCGUGAAUUUUUGUGGUUUUAAAGCUGAUAAAACAACAUUUUAAUGAACGAAAACUUUGUAAUAUUUAGUGGAAAACAUUAAGCUAUGCAUUCCAAAGGUUUUAAAUUGAAAAUAAGUACUUUUGCUUUAUUUUAUUGCUUUUUAUGCUUUGAAAACAGGCAAGCUCAUUUUUUGGCAAAAAUCUAAUCUAAUAUUUUACCCAUCAUUUGUUUAAUCUGAACAGAAAUAGAUAGAACACUUGGCUAUAUAAGUUACAAAGGUAUUGUUAGCUUAUCUGAAAGAUUUCAGUAUUCCUGGUACACAUUUUAACAAAGAAUGAAAUGUAAUUUCAAGAAUUUAAUAUGCAUAUCACAAACAACAGUUUUUAUUAGAACAACACAUAAUAAGUUGUUAUUUUCUAUUUUUACAAAAACAAGUUUGGAAACAGGAUUUAGUCCUCCAGCUUGAUGUCAUAUUCCAUUUAUUUGGAUAUUUCAAUAAAGGAAUGUGAAAUAAUAAUUUAAUCUUGUGCAAAAUUUGAUACCAACACACAUGUGAACAGACACUAUCACCUAAAAAUAAAAGAAAACAGAACUUAAAUUUAUCAUCUAAUGCUAUGAAAAAAUCUUAGAUACUACAGGCAUAUAGUGAGCACAAUUCUUUAACAAACUCACUAAAAUAAGUUAAGUUAUACUAUGAUAAGAGGAUGGCAAUAGAUAACAACAUCAAAUGUUGUCAUCUUCAGUGUCCAAAAAAAGUGCCGCGCGCAUUUUUCGUGGUCACAUAACUGUUAUUGCCACAAACCCAGGUGAAAAAGCAAUUAGAAAAACCUGGUUUUGGGUGAUGAGCAUAGUCAAAUUCUUGACUUAUUCAAUUUUCUAUGUUUUUCCAGGUAAACAGAUUAAACAUUGAAAUAAGCCACAUUCGGGACCCCAUAGAAUCCAAGCUAUUGUGUAUGGACCAGACUUUUUUCAAUUUUCUGUGAUUUACAUAACACUAGGUAUAAUUUAAGGGUCAACCAGUAUUGUUCAAGACAUAUUUUCCUUCCAGAACACCUUUUCAAAAUAUUAACCCAAACAUAUCAAAAAUAGUGUACAUUUUAUACAAGGGCAAUUUCAACCCUCUGGCACAUUUUUCCCAUGAAUGAUUUCAAUUCUAAUAAAAAGACUAUAGAUAAAACUUUGAUUUAAAGCUAGUUUGAAGUGAUGAGCAUACCCUAAUUUUUACGCUACACCUCAAAGAAGAUGGGCCAUUUCAACAUAAACAUGGAAAUAUGGGUAUACUGACAGCUCUGUCACACGUGUAGUUUGACAUUAGCAGCCCUUCUGAAACAUUUUAAUGAAAGUAUAAUUCACAAAAUUCACAUUUUCACUUCUUAACAUCUGUUUUAAUCCAACUAGCUCUGUAGGCACGAUCGAAAUUUAGUGUUGAUGUAAAAAUCCAUUUAGUUCAUGUUUCCUCGGUGAAAAUAUAGUCUAUUCCAACGCUGAUUUCGACGUACUUUAGCUUUUCAAAAACUGUUGGCCUUCCUCAGUGAGAUUAUCAACUGUUUCACAAACAUAUUUGAUAGUAAACAGCUAAAAUAUUCUCCGAAAGUCUAUAUUUUUGCUUUUCGACGCGAAAAUGGCAACUCAAGAAGAAAUGAGCCGCUAUUUUUGGUCAGCGUCGACAAAUUGCCCACCUGUUUAUCAACACUGCUUUUCAAUUGAGUGCUUGCGGCGCGCGACAAAUGACAAAGGAAUGGGGCGAGCUUAAUGCAAAUUGACAUUUGGAAGCAUUAUUGGUGCAUUCUACACGCCGUUUUGGGCUUCCUAUGGUGAAAUCUGCGAAGACGCCUUAUUGAAGCUUUGUGUUAUUAUAUGUACUAUCUUGAAGAAAAAUAUGCAAGUAGGUUGUCAUAUUUCGGUCGUACUUGAACACCAAAUUUUGAAAAUUGUUUACGAUAAGAACCUUUCUUUAAUUUGUCGUAUUUUUUCGGCAGUUUUGCUCAAAAAAUAUCUCGCAAGUUUGUUUAUAAGUGUUUAUAUGAAAGUCUGCCUAUUUCACGAAACACUACAACCGAAAUAUGGCAACCUGUUUGGCCGUUUUUUGUUCAAAAUAGUGGAUACACAAGCUUCACAAGGCGCUUUUCUCGGUUUGCAACAGGUCUGUCGCAAGUUGUGGAAAACAGCAUUGCUGCAGUCCUGUGUCAACAACUUGCGACAGGCCUGUUGAAAACAGCAUUGCUGCAGCUCUGUCACAACAACUUGCGAAAGGAAAAAUUUGAAAAAAAUCAUGAUUUCUAGCUUCGAAAAAAAGCUUUUUGAAGUUGUCAAUUUGUCAUAUCAAUUAAUGGAUUUGGCAUGUCCGAUUGUCUGUUGAGACUUGAGAGAGUUAAAGACUUAAAGUUACAGUCAAAUCCGGUUCGCCUUUGACCUGAACAUUGCUAUAAUGAUAUACAAUUUUGCAAUUUUGAUUGACAUUUGUGUCGUGCAAUUUCCAACUGUCGAGGUAAAUUGCUAUUUGAUAAUUGCAAAUUUGCGCGCAAUUUGCACAGAGUAAUACUAUAGAUUCCUUUAUUCUUUGCCUUGGAAUAUUCAAUCGAAAUGGCGAAUAUUCACCGUCACACUUCAACGCCACUCGCUCCAGCCAAAAGAGAAAAGAUUAUUGCUCUGUGGUCCACAGGCUGUAAUCAAACAGAAAUUGCGAGACAGUUAUUAUUGUCCAAACAAACGGUCUCAAACAUAAUAAAUAAAUUUGUUGAAAGAGGAACAUUGAUGCCCGGGCAAGGGGUAAAACAAAGAAGCGUCAGUACACCAGCAGUGGUUGAAUUCGUGGAGUACUCAAAAAUAACGAAGCCAAGCAUAUAUGCAGCCGAAAUUCAAAGCGAAAUGGUCAACCUUGGCGUUUGUGCAGCGGAUAAAGUUCCUUCGCGCACAACAAUCUCCAGAAUUUUAAAAAAUGAUUUAAAUUUUACAUUUAAGAAGCUAACUCCCAUCCCUUCCGAAUCUAUUACAAUACCAAACCAAAACAGAACACUAGAUUACAUUAUGUUUAUGUCCGGAGCAGACCCAUCCAAAGUACACUUCUUCGAUGAAUCCUCAGUCACAAAAACAACGCCAAAUCGCACAUAUGGACAUGCAAAAAGGGGCGAAAAAGCCUUGGAAGUUCAAAGAUAUUCUUCCAACUGUAAUUACACGGUCAACCUCUUACAUAGUCGUUUUGGUGUGGACUAUUUCAACAUACUAGAAGGACCUUCAAACGGGUUAGAAAUGUUACAUUUCUUUGAUGAAUGUCUGCAACUUAUUGAUGGUGUGUAUGGAAAUCCUAUUCUUGCUGAUGGUGAUAUGGUUGUAAUGGACAAUUGCGGUUUCCAUCACGGGGCAAUGGCUGAAAAUGAGUUACGGACUAUGUUAGCAAACCGUGGAGUUGAUUUGAUUUUUCAGCCACCGUAUAGCCCGGACUUUAAUUCAUGUGAGUUCUGCUUCAGAAAUAUGAAAUUGUUCUUACGUAAGCACGAACAAUAUGCAAUAAAUUUCACAGAGCUUGCAAUAAUGGAUGGCUUACAAACAGUCACUCCAGAAGUAUCCCAAAAGUUUUUUCAACAUUGUGGAUUUAAUAUCUGACUAUAUCAAGUAACAAUGUAAUUGUGCUGCUGUAUGUUUGAACAUGAAUACAUCAUGGAUUUUUGAUUUUAUGUUUGUUACCUGAACUAAAUUAUAGGAAAAUUUGUAUUUACUGUAAUACUAAAUGAAACAUGAAUAAAAUUUGAAAGUGUAACAAAUCAAUCUUGGAAUUAGUGUAUUUACUACAGUAAACCUGCAUGAUAAUACAGUAACACAAGAGUUUUAGCAAAACCAUAUAAUAUAAAUCGGUAAAAUACGCGCAAUAUGAAUAAAUGUUGGUUCAAGUAAAGUUUUCAAUUACAGUAAAUUAAUCAACAAUGACAACAAAAUGUUUUUGUUAUCAAACACAAUGUCAACUGAAUAAAAAAUGUUAGAUGCUAGAUUGCUAGUCCAAACUUUAUAGAAACGCAUAACUAUUAGACAAGUCAACACAUUAUUGUCUGUCAUUGUUAUUAAUAGCCACGGCUAUUGUGGCUAAUUCUUCUAAAGAGCAUUGUUCCGGCUUAUUUUGAGUUUGCAACUUAUUUGCGUCUGAAUUGCCUUUGACAUUGGCAUUGCUUUGACACUUCGCUUGGUAAAUAGGGCAUUUACUGUCGAAAUUAAAUCCGCCAUCGUCAGAGCUUGCACUUUCCAAGUCAGAAUUACUGCUACUACUUGAGCUUCGGUGAUGUCUUCGCUUUUUGUUACCGUUUUUUCCACGAGAUUUCUUUUUUCUCUUUCUGUGUUGUUUUUUAUGCACUUUUCGGGACGACUUCUUGCUCUUUUUGUUGGCCUUCGCAUCGACAGAAGAAAACGAGCUGUCGCUUUCAUCGGUACUUGAAUCAGUUGAAUCUCGUUUCCUUUUCGCGCGUUUCCUUGCUUUGCAUGAGACCGGAGAAACGGCAACACUGAUUGUACUACACAUAACGUUUGACGUACUCGCAGAAUUACAGGAAUUCUUAACUUCGCUUAUUGCUUUUGUUUCCUUCUCUAACAAUGACUGAAACAAUAAUUUGUCUUCACCUGUGUUUUCAGGAACUUUAUUAUGGCAAGCCAUCCGUAAUUUUGCCAUGUCCUUUUGCAGGUCUAGCUUACCACUUGCAGUUUUUAAAGAGUAUUUGUCCGGGAAUGCUCGAGUAAGACGAGGAGUUAUAGCGGUUGCAAAAGCUGAUAUACUUCUUGACUGAAAAGCUACUACGUUUUUCUUCUCCGAUUUCAGAUUGUCAACUUCCUUCGUCAAACCUUUUAUUUGCUUUUUUAUAUUACGGACUUCAUCGAGAUGUUCAGGAUGCUUUUUUAUUUGUCCACAAUUAAAAUAAGACGUGCAAACGGGGGCGUAACAAGGAUUGUUAUUGCGAUUACCUUCCGCCCUGUGUCCGCGUAUGUGACAAUGGCUACAGAUUGUUCGGUAAGUUCCCGCAUUCAUUGGCACUGGCACUUCUACUUCAAGUUCUCUCAAAUGGGUUUCAAGAGCAAUCUUUUUAUCUUCCAGCAAUUGCAAUUUGUUAGUUACUUGUUCAAUUUUGUUUUCUUUCCACCCUUGAACUUCGGACAAAUCUGCUGUAAAAUUAAGUUGUUUGGGAAGGGCAGACGUAUUCGUACUUGUAUCAUCAUUUUCCGUGAAAGCGGCAAUCGGUCUCACCUUGUUAUUUACACUCGAAGAAAACGUAGGUUCGUUGAGAUCGUCGCGAAUUAACGAUUUCUUUCUAAUAAGUAACGGUGAAUCACUUCUACAAACUUUCAAAUUAAUUCUAUCGUAUGCUCCAACUGUAACAACGUUGUUGAAAGUAUCUGUUAGUUGAAAUUGUUCAUCAACAUUUGCAUGAAUAUUUAUGAAACAUCCUGAAUGAACAUCUUUAUAUGCAAUUCGAAUUUCGUCGUCGUGCAAUUCAUUGAAACAAGGUAUUGCAGAUUUAAUACGUUCGACAAGUAAUCUGUAUUCUUUAAUAGGUUUUUCAAGAAAAACACUCGCGUAUCUAUCCCCUAAAUAAUUGACUAAAAGUUGAAACAUUGUAUUGAAUUGUUGUCCGUCUGCUCUUGGAGUGAGAUGCAAAUUGCGCGCAAAUUUGCAAUUAUCAAAUAGCAAUUUACCUCGACAGUUGGAAAUUGCACGACACAAAUGUCAAUCAAAAUUGCAAAAUUGUAUAUCAUUAUAGCAAUGUUAAGGUCAAAGGCGAACCGGAUUUGACUGUAAAUGAACCUGUAAAAGUGUAAACCCAAUAGACAAUAUGCUUUUACUUUUAUAAAGUCGUUGACAUUGUGUUGUUUGAAUCCGACUACAAUUUAUGAUGCAACUCCGAUGUAAAUAAUAUUUGGGGCGUAAAGAUUAAAUCUAGGCAAGUUUAUUGUUUAGGAGCGGUUAGUUUCAGAGUGUUUCUGUUCGAGUGUACUCCUGCGUUUAUUUUGUAUCAUCAACACUCUGCACGUUGGAGUGGACUAUUUCAUUAUUUAUUUAUUAUGCCGAACAUUGGGGGUGAAAUUGCUUCGUCCAAAUUGUUUCGUAAAAUUGCUUCGUAAAUAUUUAAAACAUUUCGUUUUCCAAUUCCCCCCCCCCCCCUAUUAUUCUUUCUCAGUUAUCUGCGCAAAUGGAGAUGCCAGAUGCAUAAAUUUGUUCUUUUGGUUUUUUAAUACGGAUUUUUACAGUAUUAACAAACUCUGCGUCUAAAAAUGAAAAUUUACGUUUGAUCAAGUUAACAUCUGCUAAAAUUAGAUAUAAAAAACGCUUUAAAAAUUCAAACGCAUUGUGUAAGAAGCGUCAUAUAUUCCUUCAUACUAAUGAAUUUAAAAUUGUGCUGGUAUCAGAUUAUUAAAUCAUAAUAUAUACAAUACCGAGGAGCGAAGAAGAAUGAGCCUGGGUAUCAAGUGACGUUUUUGUCAACAUGGACGUCAUCCAAAAAUUGGUAUAAGUAAUUUUGGCGACAUUUUGCAUCAGCGUUCAUGUAAAUGAGCAAAAAACUGUAAAAAUCUUACGUUUUGUCAUAUAUGUUGAAGAUUACCACAAACUGACACAAACACAUGCAGUUUUUAAUCCAGUGCCCCCUCGGAAAUCUGAUGUCCAUUACAGGUCUGACCUUCAAAAAUUGAAUAGAAAUAAAUUGGAAUAACUGCAUUUUAAUUGUACAAUAAUGCUAAAUCUUAUUAAAUUGGAAAAUAUUUGUUAUAUUAUCAAAGAUUAUUUCUGUCUUAAGGGGGUCCAGUCGUCCCCCCCCCCCCAAAUUGCAUGGGGACGUUAACAACGAGGACAGAGCUAAGGGUCCCAUGAGUCCCUCUUCCACUAUACACGCCCUUGAUGGCAAUAUAUUGUUUGUGACUCGACUUUAUAUUGUCUUGUUAACAAUUUUUUAUUUGUAUUUUCAGGCAGUGGGUCAAAACUAAUACGAAACAUAAUGGAAAGUCGGUCUCUGUGAAGACUUUUUGCAAGCUACUCUGGGAUAUACUUCCUGCUAAUACAAGGCACAGAGAACAAAUGGAGGUAUGUACAGUAUCGGGUUAUGGCCGAUUUCGAUGAUGGUCGCUUUGCCCUCGUAGGGCGAGCGACCUAUCCAAGGCGCUGUUUACACGAUUUCGGGUAUUAGGGACACCUUACCCCCCCCCCCCCCCCCCAGAGGCAAAAUUAUAUCAUCAAGUGUUUAUAUGGAAAGUUUUCAACUCUUCUCGACUGGUAGCGUCACCCUGGCGGUAGCGACACCCUGUUUACGAAACAGGAUUAUUAUUAUUAUUAUUUAAUAUUAUUAUUAUUUAAUAUUAUUAUUAUUUAAUAUUAUUAUUAUUUAAUAUUAUUAUUAUUUAAUAUUAUUAUUAUUUAAUAUUAUUAUUAUUAUUAUUAUUGAAUACAAAGAUUAUUGAAUAUUAUUAUUGACCGAAUCAUACAAAGUCUACUGGAAAAUUUAAAGGAUCAAACCACCCCGAUAAAGUCUUUGCUAAGCUUGUGCUAGAAGGUCAAAUCAACUCGGCCCUUCGCUUCCUGAGUGAAACCUCAAAUGGCUGCGUGUUAACGUUAACUGACGAUGUAAUGACGCAAUUAAAACAGAAGCAUCCUGAGCCACAACCGGCAAAACUCGGAUCAGUGUUAUUUGGCCCGCUCAAUGACGAGAUACCUGAAUCUGUCUACUCGGAGAUCAAUGUUGAGAUGGUUAGACAAGCCGCUUUGAGAACAAAGGGAUCCGGAGACCCAUCUGGUGUCGAUGCUAACGGCUUUAGAAGAAUGUUGGCAUGUAAGUCCUUUAAGCAAUCAUCUACAAGACUGUGCGAAGCUAUAGCCAGAAUGACCAAGACUUUGUGCACACAAUAUAUCGAUCCUACCACUAUUGAAGCAUUGAUUGCUAGUCGUUUAAUUCCCCUAGACAAAUACGAAGGUGUGGUAAGACCUAUUGGAGUAGGAGAGGUAAUAAGGAGGAUAAGUGCAAAAUGUGUUAUGAGCUUUGCAAAGAAGGAUGUUGUGGAAGCAAGUGGAUCGUUACAAUUAUGCGCUGGGCAAAAGUCUGGAAGUGAGGCUGCAAUACACCCUGUUUGA